AGAUCGUUCUCUAUCAUUAUUACAGUUAAUUUAGGUUAAAGUUGUUAUCUCUUUUCUGUGUAGACGAUAGUCAAAACGUGUGUUGUACGACCAAAAACAAAAAAUAUUUGGUGAUAACUUUUUUAAUACUAAUUCAUUUAUACGAAUCAUAACAAAAAUUAUUACCCUUAAAUAUCACUUGUUUUACUACAUAAUAAUUUUAUUCAAUUAUAAGGUUAACAUUGUAAAAGCUAAAUCAUGCCACAAAAUGAAUAUAUGGAAAGACACCGCAAAUUAUACGGUCGACGGCUUGAUUAUGAACAACGUAUGCGGAAAAAAGAAGCUAGAGAACCUCAUUUACGAUCAGACAAAGCUAAACGUCUUCGUGGUCUUAAAGCUAAACUUUACAACAAAGAAAGGCGAAAUGAAAAAAUUCAAAUGAAGAAAAAGAUUAAAGAACAUGAAGAGAAAUUACAAAAGAAAAAAGAAGAAAAGCCUAAAGAAGGUGCCCUUCCUGUUUAUUUACUAGACAGAGAUGUUCAGUCUAGUGCCAAAGUACUAUCUAAUAUGAUAAAACAAAAACGCAAAGAAAAGGCCGGUAAAUGGGAUGUACCAAUCCCUAAAGUACGAGCUCAAGCUGAUGCUGAAGUAUUUAAAGUUUUAAGAACAGGAAAAUCCAGAAGAAAGGCUUGGAAGAGAAUGGUUACUAAAGUUUGUUAUGUUGGUGAAGGUUUUACAAGAAAACCUCCUAAAUUCGAAAGAUUUAUCAGACCAAUGGCAUUACGUUUUAACAAAGCUCAUGUCACUCAUCCUGAAUUAAAAGCUACCUUCUGUUUACCUAUCAUUGGAGUUAAGAAAAAUCCAAAUUCACCUAUGUAUACAAAUUUAGGAGUAAUAACUAAAGGUACAGUUAUUGAAGUUAAUAUCAGUGAAUUAGGUUUGGUAACACAAUCAGGUAAAGUAGUGUGGGGAAAAUAUGCCCAAGUCACAAACAAUCCUGAAAAUGAUGGAUGCAUUAAUGCUGUUCUUUUAGUUUAAAUAAAUAUUUAUUUACCUGA